AUGGACCCCCCCGGGGGCCAACUCGAAAGGGAAUCAUCGUUCAAGUCCGCGGGGGACAGGCUCAGCCGCGAGUCUAGUUUUGCCUCUGUUGGGGAGGCCUUCGGAGCGACGCCGAGCCGUGAGGGCUAUGCCUCACCCGACCGGCAGAACCUGGAAGGGUUCACCUACCAGCCUGACUUUCCGCCCCCGGAGAUCACAGCCAGUCCGGUCCCCCCGGAAGAGAAGCCCGCGCCGGCGGGGCUGGAGCGGUUCUUUUCCGCGCGGCCCGCGUUUGACAUGCUCUUCCGGAGGGGAUCCCUUGACUCGACGCUGCGCUCACAGGACCUCUCGGGGUUCAUCAAAGCGGAGGGUCUGAGACCGCCGGAGGAGGGGGGAUCCCCCCCAGCCGGAGCCCUUGUGGGAAGCGCAUCCUCUCCAGACUUCCGCCGCACAGUUUCGGUGGGGUCCCCUCGCAGGUAUUCUGGCCCCCUGGCGGGAUUGGACCCACUUGCAAACGAGGAGGAGGAUUACACAUUUGUCCGCAAGUGGGGGGCUCACGAGGGGGUGUCUCCGUCAGUUCGGUCGUCUUCGAUUGGGGGCCGGUCUAGUUCGAGGGAGGUGAUGAUGUGGAUGGGGGAGGCUGGAAUGCUGGACGAGGAAGAUGAGGUCAUCAUUCAUGACGAGACGAAGCCGGAGCCGCGCAAGGAGGAGCCGCGACCUGCAUUUGGAUGGUGGCCCUUUGGGCGGAGGCGCUCGCAGGAAGGUUCCAACCCUGCAAGCCCCAACACAUCUCAGGAGCUGGGACCCCACUCUGAGCCGUCCGCAGAAAGUGUUGCUGGCCCACAAACCCAGCCCCUGGACUCAGAACCUAGUGCGGGAAGCCUGCGCGGAAGACUGGUUCCGGAGGAGUCGCUCAGCUCGGAAAUUGGGCUUCCGAAAGCCGCAGGGGGCGCAACCCGGUCGGGGGGGGUGCAAAGGACGACCGGGGCAGCUUUUGCUGCCAAGGCUGUGGGCGAGGCGCUCAGCUUUGAAGGCGGCGCCGAGGCGGGGGAAUAUGUUUCUUUGGGGAUCAAUGACAGCGGGAAGUCGGAGACUACUUCAGCGGCAGAAGCGAAGUCGCCCGGCAUCGACGAGGCUGCGAGGAGAGCUGCUGGGACCGCGGGGUACUUUUCACUGGGCAUCAACGACAGCGCAGAUGAUGCGGGGGCCUCGGUGGGAGCGAAAGUAAAGGCCCGCCUAGCAGCCCCCCGCCUUGAAUCCCCAGCACCCCGCUUCCCGUCUGCUGCACCAAGAGCCUCCUUCUCUUCUCAAGAGGACGUCAAGAUGAUGGUCUCCGGACGGCCCCCAAGCAGCGCUCCCAGCGACUUAACACCAACCUCCCUAAACCAGUCCACAGGCCCCACAGAAACAUCUCGCAGCGUCAGGCAGGAUGGGCAGAGCUUAGGCACUCGCUUGGGGCCGGUCAACACCGCAUUCUUUGCGAGCCAGGGGAUGCAACCUCCAGGUGUGUCCAGAGAACUACGAUUUGUAGAGACGGCGAGUACGGGUCAGCAGACGUAUCCACCCGUUACAAUCGCACCUCUUAGGCCCGUUAACACCACCCCGAGUCCAAACGGCCCAGCCGUGGAAGUCUCCAGCGACCGUCAACUAAGGCCAGCCAGUGCUCCUGAAAGCCCCCCCUCAAGCGAACUAGACGUGGAUGAGCCUUUUGACCCCUGGGGAUCCUCCAGCGCGCUUGCUUCUGUUGAUGAGGAGAUGGAAGUGCACGCGCCAGGAGAGUUAACAACACCCCGCCUCCUUGCGGUCGAGACAGAGGGGCAGGGUGCGUCUGAGGAGGCAAGCGGCGGUGUCAAGAGCCCUGCUGAGAACCGAGGACGUCUGAGUGCGUCCCUGGGGCCUGUUAACACUGCCUUCUUCCGGAGCCAAGGGAUGGAGCCGCCCGGUAGCUCGGGAACAGUUGCCCAAGCAUUGGCGGGGGGAAGAGAUUUCACGGGGACCCGCUCAGAGGAUCUGGCCGAGUCUGUGGACCCUGCGGACAUCGCUGGAGAGGCACCGGAACUUCGGCUUGCAGGUGCUGGGGCACGUAGUGUAAAUAUUCCUCCAGAAGUGAAGGGUGCAGGUGCUGGCAUGUUGGAAGGAGUUCACACCGCGGGGGGGCCAAGCGCGCCAGGCAGCCUGGCGGCUACCGAGCCCCCUGUCACGGGGUGGGCGGAGGGAGUCGGCCAAGACCAGACGGUUGUUGUCCAAGAGGGGGUUCCAAGAGCCGUUCCUCCUGCGGGAGGCCCAGAAGCGUUCGUUUCGGAAGGGGGUUCGAAGGGCGUUGCUUCGGAGGGAAGGUCAGAAGGCCUUGCUUCGAACGUGGAGGGGAGGGCUACUCCAGAAACUGGGCCUGGACCUGUUGGAGUCGUUGUGGCGAAGCGGGUGGCUGAAGAUGGGGUUGCCAUUGCUCCCUCCAGCAAAGUUGUUAGGCAAACGGAAGUAGGCACCGGCGACUCUGCUAUCGGGGAUUUAAAGCACGCAGGGAAAGAGGCGACCGGUUUUUCUACGGGGGGACGAGGAGCAGGGGAUUCUGCCGCCGAGACUGUGGAGAGCAACAAACCAGGCCCGGGAGUUGCGACACUGGAAAUGUUGGAGGGCAAGGAACUCGGUGCGGGCAACUCGACAACAGCAAUUGCCAGCAAACCAGCCUCAGAGAAGCCCGGCAGCGAACUAGGGGCGAAGAACUUUGCGGAGCCGGUCCCGCAGGUGCUCAAGCUUGGAAAGUCGGAGCCCAGCGUUGUGAGGGAAGGAGCAGAGGCGGGGGUCACAGAGGGGGCUGCAGGAGGGAAGUCGCUACCAGGUCCAAACCCGCCCACUAACCCUCUGCUAACCCCAGAAACAGCGGCCUCUGCCUCGCUGUCAGCAGUCCCCGGAAUAGGAGCGGUGACUGAUCGGACGGGGGGAGGCGAAGCGAUUCCGGAGCAGAAAGAGCCCGUGAAAGAGAAGGUCUCCAGUAGCAGGGCCCCCGAAGCGGCUGCGGUUGGACCGACGGUGCUUCAGACGGUUGCAGCGGUGGGUGCAGCGGGAGCCGGGGUCGGAGUGGCAGCAACCGCUGGACGCUCUAAGGGUGACGAAGCCAGCGAAGCAGGCUCAGGGACGUCAAAAAAGUCGAAGUCCAGCCAGUGGAAGCGGUUCAAGUCGCUCUUCGGGCGCAAGGGGGCCAAGGGAGAGCCGACACCAUCAAGGGAGGAGAGGGCAGCCCCGGGUCUGGACGCGCAGCGAGUGUCAAAGGCAGCAGCAGGGGCGCAGGAGGCACAGCCGGGGCAACUAGAGCGAGACGAAUCCGAUGACGUCUCGUGGGCUGGCUCUGUGAAAGAGGAGGAGCCUCCGCCUGGGUGGACGGAGUCUGGGGAGGGGUUCGGGGAUUCGUCUUCUCAGCGGGCAAGUUCUUUGGGACCUUCAGCAGCGGGAGAGGAAGCGGAAGUCGAAUCUGUGAAGCAGGAGCGAGCCCUGGGGAUGCCGGAUGAGAGGGGUGCCGAAAAAGCAGAGGUCAAGUCCCUCGAGCAGAAGCGAGCUGUGGAGGUGCCGGUCGUUGGGCAAACGGCAGGAGGAGCAGCAGCCAAGCAUGGGACAGAGAGACCUGAAGCAGUCACGGGGAAAGCGGGGGCGGAGCUCGGCGCGGUGGAAUCGUCCGAGGGUGAGGCUGUCAGACGGGGAGUCUCGGGAAAAGAGCUCGGACCUGAGAUGCCAGUUGCAAGGGGCGGGGAAGUAGGCCACCAGGCAGCAAACGACGUUGAGCGUGCUAACGCUGUGGAUGAAGAAGGGACGGCGCAAACGGAGGGGCUGAGUGCACCUGGUGUUGAGGAGACAUCAGCGGAAACGGAAGCGGCGCAGCCGAGAGCUGGUCCAGUGGGAGCGGCAGAUGGCGAGGCGCGUGAGUCUGCCGCAGGGGCUUCUGAGCAGCGGGUCACUGGUAAUGUGACGGCGCAGAACAAGGAAGAUGUGGCGACAGUUCCCAGCGGGGUUUUGGAAGAUUCGUCGUCGGCGCCCAACUCUCAGCCUUCAGCAUGGGGUCCCCUGGGAAUUGCUGAGGAAGGGAUCCCCCAAAGGGCUGCUGAGAGCACCAGAGUCUUCAGUGUGGCACCUCCGGACCUACCCGUUUCGGCAGCCUUCAACCCUGGGGCUGCAGAUCGUAGAGCUUUGGUGGAUCCGGUGGGAGCCGACCCAAAGCUGCCAGUCGAUCCUCCCGGUGGCGAGGUGGCACUCAAGGAAGAGAGAGGGGUCCCCAUUCUUAGGGGGUCCGUGUCAGCGCGAAUCAGGGCUUUGGAGCAACUAGCGGCGGGAGGGGCGGUGUCAGGGGUGUCGGAGGAGCCCGCAGCGCAGAAGCUGACUUCGCUUGGAGAGCCAACUUGGCCGCCGAGUGCGCAGGGGGAAAGGGGCGUUGCUCGAAGUGCGGAAGUGCCUUUGGAAAGGCCGGAAACCUCCGUCGAACCGCUUGGUGAAACGGGGCAAGCCACGGGCUCGGCUGGUGCAGCAGAAUCGAAGAGCGAGGCUGCCAGACGCCCGGUCGUUGUGGAACAAGGGGAGCUUUUACGCGAACCGGGGCUGCGAGAUGAGUUUGCGGCCAGCAAGACGGCGGUCUGGGGGGAUCUGGAGGAUGAUGACGAGGUGACGAUGGAGGUUGUCCAGUCUCCCGGGCGCGGGGAGACGGCUCUAGAGAUUGGCGGCUUUCUCCAGGAGAAAGCCGCCAGAAGCUUUGGACAGGAGGGCACAGACUUCCCUGGUGGGUUGGCGGCUCCAGAAGCCGGAUCAGGCCUACUUGCUGCGCCGGGCAGAGUUGCGGAAACCGGGGCUAGUGCUUUCGAAUCGAAGCAGCCAGGGUAUCUGGUAGGUGACGUCAUUGCUGCAGACGUGGGGCGCAAACCUCAGGAUCCGAUAACAACUCAACGGUCAGAGAGUCCAGUGGAUGAACCUGCCUCCAAACCAGAGCGGCCGCUUCCUCAACUUGAGCGCUCCCCCUCUCCAGAGAUCCCUCGGCGUUGGGGCGAGCAGAGCCCAGAACCGUCCCCUUUCGCCAGCUUCGGGGGGGUCAGCAACGCCCCCCGUGAUGAUGCGGCCAGCUUUGGUGGGGUCAGUGGCACGCCUCGCGGAGCCCCCUUCAGCGAGACAGGGACCCCAACACCGACCCCGGCCAGUUUCGGGGGUAUCGGCAGAGCCUUCCCCGAACCCCCCUACGGUGAUUUGCGCGCGCUUUCCACGCCCACCCCCUCCAGCACCCCUACUACAACCCUGGUUCAGCAGUCGGGCUUCCCCCCUGGAGCGGUGAAAGCGAUGGCGAAGCAGAGCCCCAGAGAGUCGGGGGGGGUGCCCAUCCCAGGAUUCGCGACCCCCCCAAUGCGGGUCGGAACCCCCGAACCGUCGUCCUUCGAUGCGGGUUUUGCGAAGCUGAGGAUCAACCUGGAGGCGUAUCAGUCGCCCCCCGACGUCGUCAUCUCUCCACGAACCUCCAAACGCCCCCCCAGCCCUGCGGUUGCGCCUGCGGAUGCUUCUUUCAGCAGGUCAAGUGUGGGAGGGAUCUCUGGCGAACAGCCCACCAAGGCGCCAGCUGUCCAGCUGGGAAUGGAAGCCCUUCCUUCAGCAGCAAGGGAAGCGGGUGAAGCGGAACGGAGCCAGUUGGCACCCGGUUUGGAGACCCGAAGCUUCCAGGAUGGAGCAGAAGAGGAGAUGGCUGAGCCGCACAACGAGGAGCGGGACGUUUCGAAGAGAGCGCCGGCUUUGGAGGCAACACCUUCUCCUGGCCCGUCCUCGAUCUCGACCGCCCAGGGGGUCCUUUCCCCAACUCCUCCGGCGUCUUCUCUUGCCCCGGCACCUUUCCUUGGGGUGCAUGCACCAGGCACAACCAACACCCCAGUCGAGGAGAAGUCGACCCCCCAGGUCGCUCUUGAAUCGCCCCUGGAAGUGACACAGCCAGACACGAAGACUCCUGGUUCUGCCGGAGUGUCACACUCAUCGCCCGGGGUGCCUUCACCGACCGACCCAGCGGGCCCUGUAAAGCCUGCCCGGGAGGAACCCCCGGCCACCCCUGCCGAGGGCCCGGUUCCACCAGUACCUGCCCCGGAGCAACCAGUGGUUUCCCAAGCCCCUGUUUCAGAGCCCGGGGCCCAACUACCAACCACGCCGGAGGGCUUCAGGACUCCUCCCGGCGCAGCCCGGGAGCAAUCCCCGGAUUCUAGUGGAGUCGUCAGCACGUCCGAAGGACAGCUGCCGAAGGUGCCGGCAACGAGUGAGGAUUUGGGUGACCUCAUCAAGAUCGCGGAGGCCCACCUGGGGGAGGCUCGGAGGAAGUUGGCUGCGGCGUCGUUCAAUGGUCGAGAAGCUGACAACGACCAAGUCGGGGAGGAUCAAGCGUCCACAUCCAAGGACGCGCCCAAGGGCUCGAGGGCCCUGUCAGCAGCAGCGGCGGCUGCAUCAGCAGGCGCGGCAACCCUGGUAGCCGCUCAUGCAGCAAAAGGUGGGGCCUCGGCGAGCAAGGCGCUGUCUUCCAUGGACGGAAACCAGUCCGACACGGAGGAGAAACAGCCGGGGAUAGCGGGGAAGCGGUUGGAGCUGGAGGGAAAGGCCCAGGCAGCUGCUUGGCUGGCCACAGAGGGGAGCCCCGUCAGCGUGGCACGUCAGCAGUUGGCAGAAGAAAGGGACGAUCCUCUCGCUCGGGUUGAGGCCUCGGCAACCGAAAUAGCAACGGGUGGGCUCAACAAAAAGGAAGAGGUGCCACCUGGUUCGGGCUCUGGCAUUGGGGGGCCCGACUUGGCACCCGACUUGGCACCCUCUGGGGCUGAGGAAGACAAGAAAUGGGUCGCCCAGCUGCCAGUUGUUCUGUCCGCAGCAAUGCAGGCAGAGAUCGGGCGAGCGAGGCGGGAGGUCGAAAAUAUUAAAGCGGCGCUGGAUGCGGCUGAGGGAAAGAAGAAGAAGGGGGGCGAAGGCGUUGUGGUGGUCGAGGGAGGAGAAAGGAAGACGGAGGUGCCUGGCGCUGAGGAAGAAAGAUCGGAGCUGUUUGGGAAUAAGGACGGAACAUUGGAACUGCUUGUGGGGGGGAAGCGAGAGAAACCAGUCCUAGUUGCUGGAAUCAAGAAACAGCCGGAGGGACCUUUGGCUUUAGAGGAAAAUUGGGAAGGGUCCGGAGAGGCUAUGAUCGAAGGGGCUGCAGCGAUUGGGGUUGAAGUCAUCGGGGCAAGCACAGAAGAGAGACGAGGUCUGAACGCUUUAGCGGGGUCUGUGGAGCUCGAAGAGGGAGAGGUCGGGGCAACUGGGGAAGGAAGAAGUGGCGCAGGGGUAACUCAAAUCAGCGGCCACAAGGAAGGUCCGCCUUUCGAAGCGCUGGCGGUGUCCGAGAGCGGUUUGAAAACGGGGCCCCCCAAGAAAGAGACUGCCAGAGAGGCACCCGUGGCGCAAGUGUUUAAGCCCAGGAGCGUCACUACUGAAAAGGAGGGAGAAAGCAGCACCGAGGGUGUAACGCUCGGAAGCGCAAGCGAUGGUCUGGUGGGGCCUGAUUCGCCAGGAACGGAAAGAGAAGACGAGAGCGAGGGUGGGAAGGCGGCGGGCCGGAAAAGGGUUUCUUUCAGCGACGUAGAGACCCUGCAUGAGAUCGAGCGCUUGUCGACCGAAUCAGAGGCAAGGUCUUCUACGGGUGCGGCGGUUCCGGCCCUCACAGGUGCAGGGUUAUUGACGGGGUUAGGGACGGGGUCAGCAGGGAGGUUAGCGCCCAUUCCGGAAGUGAACCGGACGUAUUCGCUGUCGACAGGGUAUGGAACCCUGCAGCCGCACUCGCGAAGGCGGGGAAUCUCCGUCGAGAGCGACGCCGAGCAAGCUAGGCGCGAAACUCCAACGGUGCUGGCAGAUCCCUGGGAAAGCGAAGAAGGACGACAGGACUCGAAGGGGCGAGCGGAAGAUGGAAAAGCAGGGGCGGUCUUGGGGGGUGCGUUGGCUACGGGCCUGGGGGCCGGCGCGGCGGGGCUGCUCGUGGCAAGAUCUGCGGCCGACCGGGCUUCGGUUACCGGGGCGGCAGCGAAAGCGGACUCUGGGUCGAUCUGGUCGAAGUCUGGAGAGGCGUUCGCGGCCACGAAGAGUCCGAGUGCAGGGGGUAAGGAAAGGGCGGCUGUGGUACAAACAGUUCCAGAAAAGGAGGGUGCUUCCAGGUCGGUCGUUGUUGGGGAAAUGACGGUUCCUGAUGCAAGGGAAAGUGCGGCAGUGAGCGGGAAGGGUCCCGAGCCCGAUGGAAAGGGAAGCGAGUCGAGAGGGGGCCCUGAGGAGGUUCCGUCCGUUCCAAAGAGCCGGUCGGUUGCUCCUUCAGGCUGGGCGGCAAUCCUCGGAUGGCCUAGUUCCGACGAAGCGAAGGCUGCGUCGCCACCUGUCAGCGUGCCACUCGCCGGAACAGUUGCCAGCUCCAGAAGCGCAGAGGCAGCGGCGCAACCGCAGGAGGUUUUAAGGGGAGUUGAGGGGGGCAAGAAGGAGGAAGAGCUUAAGGUCGAUGCGGGGAAGAGUGUGCUUGACGGGAUUGGAGGGAGCGCGCCGAUGAGGGAAGGGCUUGCGGGCGUCAGCACUGCGAAGACGACGGUUCAGCCAGAAGAGCUGUCUCGAGAAAGUGGGCGGAAUGAGAAGUUUGAGAAGGCGGACGUUGGCGCAGUCGAGGGGGAAAAGACGGUCCAGGUUCUGGGAGAUGGUGUCGUAAGGGAGGGAGUUGAGAAGGUUCAGGGGCCGGAAAUCGAUGCACCAAACAUGGAUGAAGGAACCGUCAGUAACAAGGAACUGGCGUUGGGCGGUGGUGAGCGAGAAAAUGCGGGGAUGGAAGUACAAGAGAGCAAUGAGAUGGUGGAAAGCGGAGCGAGCGCAGCGGCGGAGGUGAAAGAAAUCGAAGCUGAGGCAGCGUCUGCGGCGGGGGCUGAAGAGUUGAUACAGGAAAGUGAAAGGUCAGUCGUUCGGGAAGGAAACGACGUGCCGGCGUCAAAGACAAGUGGUCCGGUUCUGGCCGAGGGAGCCGCGGGACUGGGAGCUGGGUCUGCAGCGCAGAUGUCAGGGCGCGGGGUAGACGCUACGGCGGUAAACGCAGGUCAAGGCAAAGAGGGCCCGGAGCCGGUCAAAGCAGCGAGUGGGGAAGCUGACGUGAUUGUCCCGAUCGCGCCCGGGGGUUCAGCGCAGGAAGGAGUGUCAGGAAAGAUUCGCCCAGGAGAGGAGGAAGAAGCGGCGGGGGUGCCAAUGCCCCGACGCAGGGAGGGACUGGCCUUGGCGCCUGCUUUUCCGCUGGCCCCGCUUUUGGAGACCGGCGCAACCGUGGGCGCAGCGGAAAGCCCAGCGGCCAGCGGCGGGGCAAGUACACAGAACGUUACCAAAAGUGUGAGCGGUGAUCGGCUCGACGUCGGCCCCGUUUCGAAGCUCGGGGGGCCGGCUGGUGUUACUGCCGUCGACUCUGGGGACACGCCUCCGGGAGGCUUAGCUGCUUUGCCGUCAACAAUCCCCACCGAAACGGGCGACUUCCUUGAGGUGGGUCUUGUGCAGACGGGUGGCGAGCCCUCGGCCGAGAGGGACGGUGGCAGGCUCGUGGGAAGGGACCAACUGGAGAAGAGCGACGUGGCAGACGUUGCCUCGGGAGGAGAUAUCGAAGCCCCCGCUUCGGGCUUGCCAACCGAGGCUCCCCAAGCGGUAGACGUUACAACACAACCGCGCGGGCUUCCGGUUACGGGGAGUGUGCCUCCUGGGGUUGUCGGGCCGGAAGGCCCUGUGUCACAUGAAAGCGUCACUCUCGAGAGUGUUUCGGACCCCACUGGAACCAAAACAGGGCCAUCCAUGGCGGAUUUUGAGGCUCCAGGAAAGCAGGCGUCUCCACCGACAAAAGGGGGUCUCGUUUCCGCUGUUCCGUUGCUGAUUCCGAUCGCUGCGAGCGUGGGGGCAGCGGAGGCCCUGCGGCCGCCUGCGGAUGCGCCGGCACAGGGACUUGCGCUAAGCGACGGGUCUCCAAACAGGGCCUUGAAACUUGCUGCACCGGACUCCGAGCUUGGGAAGGAUCUGCAGUCGACAGGAAGGGCUGCAAAUGAGAGCCCGAAGCCGCGCCAUGCCAAGAAGAAGCUCAAGGCCAGUGAGGGAGGGGCGAUUGGGUUAGCGGGUAACACCACGGAAACCACGGAGUUGAACCCCUCAAUAUCGAGACCGUCGGGGCCAAAAGUCCUGCCAGCGGCGGAGGCCACUUCGGAGAACACGGGGGUCUCAAGCGCGCAAGCGGUGCUCAUUCAGGAAGAGGCCUUGGCCCAAUCCUCCGCGCCUGUCUCCGCGGGUUCCGUUUCGCAAACCACGGCCGUCAAACCCUCCACUAACCCACAUGACAGCCCCUCAGUAACCAGCAAAGUGAUUGAAGCCCCUGUUACCGCUGCGAGCCCAGGAAACGAGAUCGAGGAAAUUGAGGCGGUCGCACCGGCGACUCCACCUCCGCAUUCGAAGGCGCGGAGGCACCGGUUUAUCGAGGAGCCCCUCGGUGGCGAAAAGCAGGGCGGCGCCAGGAGUGCGAAGUCCUUGGGAAGGGUGUCUGGGCCCGCAGAGGAUUCGCCAGUGAGAGGACUUACAAGGAGGCAAGGUUCUGCUAGUCCCGGCCGCCAAUCACCGAGGACCCCUCGCCUCAAGAUCGUCUCCCCGAGCGCAUCCCCCGGGCGUUCGAGAACCCCCUCCGAGGUGCCCCGCACGCCGUCCACAAUCGGACGCCGAACGCGGCUGACAAACCUUUCGAGUCGAAGCUUCAAACCGCGAGCAGCACAGAUCGCGCCUGUUGAGCUGCGCGGGGAGAAAGAGGACACGAGUAUCAAGAACGUGCUGAGCUCUUGGGAGGAAGAAGAGAGCAACUUCUUGAGGACUCAGAUGGCAGGAUCCAGGCUAAUCAGGGAGCGCAAAGCGGCUGCCGCCGAGCAGGCUGCUCUUGCCGCGGCGGGGCUUCCCCCUCGCCCCCGCAGCAGCUCACGCGUUCCCCCAACGGAAGGCCCCGGAGAGAGCCUGAGCCCCGAACUUUUUACCCGGCCGUUCACCACACCCCCCGUCAGUGAGAUCGACGGGCGGCGCAAGCUGGAGGCCCAGCUCCGUUUGGCAGGGAGCGAGCUUCGUGAGGCUUCCGGGGGGGUGGUUGAUGGCCGGUCGUUCGAGAAGGCUCUUGUGGGGAGGUCCGACGGCGAGUCUAACGAAAAAAGAAGCUGGAGUCUCGAGGAGUGGAAGGAACUUCAGGCUUCCAAGACAAGAAGCUGGAGUCUCGGCGAGUGGAAGGAACUUCAGUCCUCCGGGCCGAAGUUCGGGAGCGUGUCGUUACCCAAGGGAUUAGACACUUCCUCAAAGCCUGCGCCAGUAGCCGAAACGGGCGCUAACCGGGGGGUACAAACCGGUUUAGGCGGGGUCGUGAACCCUGCGUCCCAAACCCUGCGCCCAGUAAAUGAGACCGAGGGGUUCGAGCAGGGGGUAAGCAUUGGGUUAGCCUCCAACGAGCGGGCGCUGGGCGAGUCCAAAAACGGACGCGCUUUGCCGACGUCAGCUGUGCCGGAACCUCAGGAGAGCCUUUGGGAAGACCAGGGGACGACACCGGGGGCGCCCGUUGGGCCGCGUGCGGAAACUUUGCCAAAGGAAAUGCCGUCGACUGGGUCGAAGCCGGAGAAACCUGCUCGAACACACAAGAAGCGCCAGUUCCUAAAGGACCUCUUCCGACGCAAGAAGAAAGAUAAAUCUCCCCCGCCAAGCGAACCGGCGCUCGUUUUCAGACCAAUACCGCCCUCUCUGGCCCCUCCAACCCCAACCACUUCCCGAACUCAAACCCAAUCCCUGACCCCGGCCUUGAACCAAACCCAAACCCAAACUCAAACCCCACGCCUCCCGCCGCUUAUCCUGCUAUCUUCCCAAAACCCUACCGCAACCAGCGGCGCAAAUCCCGACUUUUCGAGGGAUCUGGAGGACGGGACGAUUGAGCGAAGGGGCAGAGGCCUUGAUCUGCUGAUCCCAACAAUUGAGAUUCCCGCCACAUCCGCUGGUCCACCCGCUGACGUCAGCAGUGAGAGGUUCGCGCCACCUGGCACCGCAGGACUGGCCCGGUCGCUGAUCGGAAAAGGGGCUGAGGAUCCUUCUCCGAGCAGCGGCGGCCUUUCCAAAGCUGCACUGGCAGAAGAGAAGACCAUGGGGUUUGGAUCCGACGUCAGCAAGGUGCCGCCCACCCCUGGGCGUGACGUCAGCCCGGCUCCUACGGUGUCGUUUGCAGCCGGGUACUUCUCCCCCCGCCAGAUCAGCGCAAAGAAACCGCCCCUGUCACCUGCGUCAAAGAGAGUGGCGAAGCCGGCUGGCGCGUCGCAGAAAGGGGCCCCAAGGCCGAGCUCCCUCAGCCCCGGGAAAGAGGAGGGCGCGAGCGACACGGCUUGGAAGUUGAACCUUCCGAGCGGUCUGCCAACAGCCGCCGAACGGGCACAGUACGAAAGUGGCAGCACGCCAGCUGGCAGUGCGAACGUGGAGGGCGCGGAAUCUGAGGAGUCCCCUUUGACUGGGCCGGUGCAAUCGGAAGAGCCUGCAAGGAUUGCGGAAACGCCAGGUGUGGGGGUGACUGGGCCGGUGCAAACGGAAGAGCCUGCGAUGGUUGCGGAAACGCCAGGUGUGGGGGCCUUGACAGCUGGCGAGGCGGCGACAGCCGUGCUGACGUCUGGUGCAGCGGUGGCUGGAGGGCUGACAGCUGGCGCAGCAGCGGCGGGCGUGCUGACAGCUGGCGCGGCGGCGGCAGGGGUGCUGACAGCUGGCGCAGUGGCGACGGCAGGCGUACUGACAGCUGGUGCUCUGGAGGCGAAGGCAGAGAGCGAGGAAGGAGCGGCUUCAAAGGACUCGGGACUCGCACCUGUCGAUGCCGGCGAGGCUGUAGAAAGGACAGGUGGCAGCGCGGGACAGGCGGAGCCUAAUGCUGACUUGGACGAGUCAGGCGAACCACUGGCCAUCCCUUCACCGCUGCCCAGUGCCAGCUCCGUUCCGCGACUGGAAGAUCUCGGAGGGGGGGAGGAAAGCCCUGUCAAGGUAACCCCCCGCAGCGUGUUGCCAACGAACGAAGACGGCGAAAGUCGGCCUGGAGGGCAACUAAAGAGCGGGGAGAAGACGUCGGAGGCGAAAAUUGAGACCGUCGAGGCGAACGUUGAGACCGUCGAGGGGAACGUUGAGACCGUCGAGGCGAACGUUGAGAAAGCGGAAGAGGGUCGAGUUGGGCAGUCUCCGGGAAAGUCGAGACUUGGGGAAGUUGCACCGCUGGUUCUGCCGGUAAGUUCCACAGCGGGGGCAGUAGGAAACAGCUUGGCGGCAGGGGGGGAGGAGAAGGAGCAGAUUAUCGCCCCCAAGAGCGAAGGCGAGGUUGCGGAGAAGGUCAGCAGAAGUCUAGAGGGACCGAACAGAGAGUCAGUCAAAGAGGAAAUGCUACUUGGAGACGUGAGCCAGGAAGCGGGGAGCGGUAGUGCGGCGGCGGUUACGGACAAGAGUGACGUCAGCCAGGCGCCCAGUGACGUCAAUCCAGUUGCGGCAAUACAAGAGCGGCCCGCGGUGGGCACGGAUCGGACACAAGCACUCCCUCAGGCGGUCUCUGCUGUUGCGGGCCAACCGAAGCCAGUGCCUGUCGAGCAGCAAGGGAAGGCGGUCAAGAGGAAGAAAGGCGCAGCGGCGGGGGAUCCCUCUGCCCCUCGGUCGCCGAAGCCUGUGUCAAAGUGGCUGCGGGGGGUGUUCUUCUGGGGGUCAAAGUCUCCGGGCUCCUCGUCCCCCCUUUCGGUAACGGAGCCUCCCCAAGAGGUGACGUCAGUGGCGGAGGCUGUGAGGGAUCCUUCGGUCGGCCAGUCUCGUUCAGAAGGGGUCGCAGCUCCGCCUCCGGUUGCGAGGCAAAGGACGUGGUUGACCGACGUUUCGGUAGAAGCUAACAGAAACCCGAAAGUGGCCUCCCCUCCUGCCGGCCCCAUGCUGGGGUCGUUCGCGAAACCCGCUACUUCAACAGAGUCGGCUCAAAAGGGGUCAGCCGCCGAACGGAAUGACGAGGUCCGGAGCCCCCUGUCCGAGAACCGUUCGCAAAGGCCAGUGCGCAACUCAGAGCUUGUGGUGGAAAAGACCACUCCCAAACCAAGCCCUCGGACGUCCGAGCCAGCGGUGCAGGUCACACCGUCCGGAACGGCGCCCACCGCCGUCCAAAUCCUCGCCGUUACCGCCAACAAAACUCCGGCUGAGAACACGUCACCCGAGGUUUCGCAGUCAACCGCAAACUCCGGCGACGUUUCCUCGUCGGGCGACAGCGCGCCCCUGUUCCAGUGGCGGGUCGGGACGCUCCCGGCGCCGCCCCCCCGCGGGCCAAAGGGGUCGGUGGAAAACGCGUUUGAUGACGACAGCGCCAGCGGAGGCAGUCUUUCCGCGUUCACGGGGGGUGCCGGAAAGGGGUCGGUUCAAAACGCGAUGGAAGAUGACAGUACGGCUACGUCGGGGGGAAAGCGAGUUGCGGCUCUGGCCGCGGAAGCGGACGGGAGGUUACAAGUGUCGGGAAGCCCAAACUCGGUGCGGACGAUUAAAGCGUUCCGGGGGGUUCCGCUGCAAUUGAACAUGGGGGCAGAAGAAUUUCCAUCCCCAAAACCUCAAGCGAAAGCCGAGUUCCCUCUGAGAUACAUGCCCUCCGACGAAGUCCUCAACCCCCCAUCGCCGGGAGGAAAGGGAUCCCCCCGCGGUGCCACGUCAGCCGGGUCUGGCGCCCCCGCGUUGAACCCGUUAUCGGCGUCGAAGAGCCGGAACCUCGGGACCGUCCCGGAAGAAGACAUAGUCGCAGCUCUCGAGAAGGAAAAGUCGAAGCAGGGGGGUUUCUUGGAGCCUCUGUGGGGGCGAAAAGAGGGGGUGGUGAAAGCGACCUCCGGAAAGAGCAAGUCCCGGAGCCGGAAAAAGACGGGUGACAUCGUGUGGGGAUCAGCAAAGGGAUCCCCCGGGGAGAAAGGGGAGAAGCUACUGGCCCCCGAGAUGGUGGGCCACGGCGUGGGCGACUACGGCGACCAGAAAGGAGGGGAGCUGCGGCAGGAGGUCGCCGCUCAUCCGAAGAAAGGCCUCGGAGAAAAGAGGAGCCCCUUGGGGAAGCCGUCUGCAAGCCGACGGCGGGCAUACGAUUGGAAGCAGCACGUCGAGGUGGCCCUCCGAAACGACGACACGUGGCGGCUGACGGGGGAAGAAAAGGAGACGAUGCCCGGGGUUCACACGUUAGAGGCUGAGCAAGAAGCGCCCCGUGAAUCGACGCCGGACAGUUCGAUGGAGUUCCUAGAGAUCCCUGGCCCGAGCGUGGUGCUUCCGAGCCCGCGAAAGGCCGCGGUGACGCGCGCGCUCCCAACGGGAACGGAGGCGUUGUCGCCCCGGGAAGAAAAGAAGGCGAAGCUCGUUGCGUAUGCGCAGGGGGAAGAGAGCGCGGGUCAAUCGGAGACCGACUCAGUGAGCCGCAGAAAGCCGGCGAUACCGUUUCUGUACGAGCAGGCAAUGGCUGCGGCGUAUGAGCCUUCGGAAAGCGGGAAAGUUGUGAAGAAGGACCAGGGUAAAACGGAGAAGAAAGUUGAGCCGGUGGACUCGGAAGCAGUGAAGUGGCCAGCAAUGGACGCGGACGAGGAACCCACCCUAAUUGCAUCCGGGGCGGGGAUACGAGAAGUGGUGUGACGGACUCACCGCUGUAGCGGAACCUGAUGUAUAUAGACCAACCGGGUUGUGAUUUAUGUUUUCACUGUGACAGCGUUUCCAGAUGCAGACCCUAGGUAGCAACCACAACCGAACGUACGGACAAUAACGGCACUGUUGACUGGCCUUGCAACCGCCAAAGCUAUGCCUAGCAUUACACGCACCGAGCCCAUUGGUAUUCCUUAAGAAUACAUUGCCAACAUGAGGGCCGAAACACCUUAAAGCAGAGUACAGUAGGUCACAGUACAUUUUGUGCGCUAGGGUCUUUGACUCACUUUCCUUGAAGGUUUUAUUGAGGUCUUUGGAACAUUUCCUGACUCAAGUGGCAUGGCAAAGACUUCCGACUUUGAUGGACUGGUUAACGUUACUAGCUUUCCGAAGUCAAUGUCAGUCACUUUAUUCAUUAAGUAGCUGCAUGGCAACCGAACCGUACUAACUGGCCUCAAAGUGAUUGUACGUGGUCGAUUGAAA